AUGGAGCCCGCUCUGGAACAACUCGCCCGACCUCUGCCGACUUUAAGUCAGAAUGCCGGAACACGAAAUCCCUCGAUCAGCGGAGAGAUUCUCUCUCUCGCCUACAUGCAUCCGUGGACUACCUUUGCAACAGACUUGAGCCAGGUGUUCGAAGUGGCGGCGCCCCGCAUUACCCAUCAAGUUCGGCUUCUGGAUGAAAGUGAAGUCUAUACAGUCGGAAAUAAAUUUGGUCUCACUGGCAGAUUUGUUCGAAAUGUCUGCGAUCCCGUCAUGAAAUCCUUGCAGCCACUUGAAGAGAUGGAAUCAAUUCGAUUCGGGGAUUUCCAGGCCAUUUCAGACUAUGAGAACACUAUCCCAGAUGUCUGUUUUGGCCUUGUUCAUAAAUAUCCUGAAACUACAAAUGCCUAUCUCGUCGGCGAGUUCAAGACCCCCCUGGAAAAUUUCCCGGCGUGCACUUCUACUCGAUCAACCCAACCCAUCUCCUCGUCUGGAGCCCCUCAUAGGGCAGCUCGUAUCACAAAUGCGCACAUGUCAAAUCCGCCCUCUGUCAGGGAGUUACUGACUGCCUUCUCUCUUAUGGCAUUGAAAGAGCCCAAGUACGAGGAAAACCCAGAAUUCCAACCAAGAAAUCUACGCGGCCCUCUUCCUACCCACUUUUCCUCUCGAGUCGCUGGAAAUGCCGAGCGUCAAGCCCUACCGGAGCAAACUGAAGAGAACAUUCCUACAUCGCAGAGUAUUCUCGUCGACACGGGCCGACCGAGGCCCACUGUCGUUAACUGCGUCCGACGCCUAACGGACCCGAAAAACCAGCAUAGAGCCACAUGGCAAGCGAAUAUGGAUGGUUCCCCGGUCAUUAUCAAGUGCUGGGCACUUGACGAAGCUGAGCCAUGGGAACUGGAAUGUGAGGUAUACAAUCGUAUUUGUGUUGGCGGGCAGCUUAGCCGCAGGUGUUUCGCGAACUGGGUAUCUAGAGGUCAAAUUGUGUGUUCAAGUAUAUUCCCAUCAGGGUAUGCUCUUGUUCUUCAGGAGAGACCAGGGAUCCGGCUCGAUCUACUGUGGCGCCGUCUGGACGACAGAGAACGCACCCACAUACAGGCUGAAAUCUUUCAUGGCAUUCAUGUUCUCCGACAGACAGGCCUCUAUCUGAAUGAUCCCGGCCAGCACAACAUCCUCUACGACCGGGGGAGUUGGGAGGUAACUAUGCUUGACUUCGAAAAUGUGUCGCAGCUAGAGAACUUUGGAGAAUUUAUAUCUGAUUAUUUCGAGAUGGAGAUCAUCUUUGGGGCCGAUCUUAGCUUAGGACGUCCAGCUGGAGGAUAG